AUGAAUUCUCUCAACAUCAUUACCGCUCGCGUUUCCCCCUCGGCCAGUCCCAAUCCAUCGCGAUCCAACAGCCUCGGCAACAUCAGCGCCGGGCUGCUCCCCGACGAAAAAUCUACCGACGGAAACGACGGUAAAGACGCAGCCAGCUCAGACCCAUUUCUCGGCUGCGACUACGAUGGCUCGCAACAGACGAACGAAAAGUCCAGCUUCGUAGCUACCGAGGACACGCCGCUCUUGGAUGGAGGCAAAGAUGGCAACAAGCGAGCUAGCUGGUGGCAUUCAAUACCCCGACGCCUGGUCUCAAGCAUCAUCAGUUCCAUUCGCUGGGUGCUUGCUACCCUGGCUUCACCUGGAGUCUACCUCAUUGCCUGCUUCUACGACGAACAUGGCGUCUUUGCUCCCUUGUCACAGGUGAAGAGGCUGUUUGGCGUCCAGAAGGGAGGUGGAAUGGAUAGCUACGGAUCGCACGAGAACCACGCUGCCAACCAUGCCGAACCACCCGCCGUGUCUGGAAGCUCGCAGCCUUGGGGUUACCGCCGUAUAGCGCCGCGCCCUGCCCCAUCCUCUGGUUCAUCCACAUCAGGCCAAUCGUCGGAGUCAGAGGGAGAAACACCCAAGGGCUCGUCCAGCCGGCACGGCAGAUCAAAAUCACUGAAUCCCGCGGAAGAGCUCAGCUCUGCCCGGAGAUCGAUACGAAUCAAGCUUCACAACGACGAUGCUCUGCGGCAACGUAAGCAGCACCGUCGCGCGCAGUCUGCCGUCGCACGGACCAAGAUGGACGAUGAAGAUCUCUCUGCGCAACUCAAAUCCCCAACGUCGCCGAUUGCAGCUCUGACCAAGUAUCCGAAGACGCCGGCGCCCCCCCGACCAUUGAUACCCCGACGCCAACCCUCCUAUCUCAAGCUCGAUGCGUCUGUCAAGCACCAAAAGACGUUAAUCCUGGACCUUGACGAGACGUUAAUUCACAGCAUGUCCAAGGGAGGCAGAAGCAGUGGCCACAUGGUAGAAGUUCGACUCAAUACCGCAUCAUUAGGCAUGGGUACUGCGCCAGGCGGCGCGGCUCAACACCCUAUCCUGUAUUGGGUCAACAAGCGACCGUAUUGCGACGAGUUUUUGCGGCGCAUUUGCAAGUGGUUCAAUCUGGUCAUUUUUACGGCCUCGGUGCAAGAGUACGCUGAUCCGGUCAUUGACUGGCUGGAGGCGGAGCGAAAGUUCUUCUCUGCUAGAUAUUAUCGCCAACACUGCACGUACCGUCAAGGCGCUUACAUAAAAGACCUUAGCUCAGUGGAACCAGAUUUGAGUAAAGUCAUGAUUCUGGACAACAGUCCGCUGAGCUAUUUGUUUCAUGAAGACAAUGCCAUCCCGAUCCAGGGCUGGAUCAACGACCCCACAGACAACGACCUAAUGCACCUGAUUCCAAUGCUAGAAGGUUUACAAUACGUCCACGAUGUUAGAGCACUCUUGGCAUUGCGAGGCGGUGAAGAUGGGCAGCAUAUGGCGUAA